AUGUUUGCCAAACGCAAGCUCCUCGGGAAAAACCCGGAUAAGGGCAAAUCAGGCGCAAAAAGCGCGGGGCCUUUGGAGAAGGAUACGGCCAAUCCCACUCCCGGCAACGCUGACGCUGCUGCGACGGCGAAGGCAGAGAAGACCGACGUCGAGAGCACCAAGCCCGAUGGUACCACCGACAAAAGCAGUUUCCGGAGAGGAUUGCGUGAUGGCAGCGCCGCUGUUAAAGCGAAGGCUGCGGCUGCCCCCUUGCAACGUGGUAGGGGGGGACGAAAAGGUGGCAUGUCAGGUUUGAGCUUCAAAGAGGAUGUAAAGUCUCACGGCGACGUUUCUAUUCGUAAGGGCGUUACGAACACAACUGCCGCUCCUGAAUCGCAGGUAUCAAGCCCACCAAGUGUGAGCUCAGUCGGAGUGAAGUCCGGUAUCGGUAAGCCGCAUUCCGGCACUAAGCCGCGCCGUGGCAAAAAUGUUAAUAGACGCAAUCGUCGCGGAGGUCCGUCCAAUGCAAGAAAUGAACCGUAUCUGGACGUAGACGGCGAGAAAUUCAAUCUUAAGGAACAAGAUGAAGACGAAUAUGUAGGCAAUUUUGUACCGGGAACAAAUACGAGGGGUUCUUUCCGUUCUCCACCUUACGAUGGGGAUUACGGAGAUAUCUCCAGUGAUUCUUCCUCGUCAGAUGAUUACUAUCGCAGUGUUGAACAAAGUCGUGGUCGACCAACCGUGAACAUCUAUGAGGAGUUAGCGAAACCCUUCACUGCGGCAGACGCUGGACGUUUCAUGAGUCAACGCUUGAGUGCACUACGCAAGGGACUGUAUGAGUACACCGAUGAAGUGGAUGAAGCCAAGAAAGUUGUUGAGUCCAAGAAAAAGGCGCCCGAGCUCCUUGAUGCUGCCUUGUCCGGUAUUACGGCAAACGUUGAGCUAUUUGAUAUGCUCGCUGAGGAGGCUCGCGUCCUGGGAGGUCUGUGCAGUGCUAAGCUUUCUGAAGCUCAGAAAGGGCUACAAGAGAUGCACAGCAGCAAUACUGAUUUCUCUGAGAGUUUCUAUUGCAUGUAUCGCUGGCUCCUGUGCGAUAUCUUGCGCAUCGGGGGCGUUGAGUGCGAUUACAGUUGCGGUUACUUGGAUGAAGUUGACGAUGACGGCACCGAUCUCGCUAAAGGGGUAAAACAAGAUUUUUCUAAUCGUGAGCAGACACUGCACUCAUUUUUAGCUCAACAGAAAUCCUUGACAGAAACACGUGUAGGAGCAAUAGUGAAAAACCUUGAAAAUGCACCAAUUGAUCGUUAUAUGUCCGAAGACGUCACUGCCUGCUUUACCCUAUCUCCAUCUUGGCAGAGUUUGCAAGCGAUGUAUCCGUGCUCAUCGCCUAAUCACUUCAAGGGCACCGACGUAUUGGGCGACGUCUGCGAUAAAUACAAGAAGUUGUCAAGCGCCCUCUCUGUCUUUAUGAAAUUUAAGGAGUCUCACAAGAACGAAUUUGUCCAAAUGGAGGUUGGUGAACAUCUGAAAGCCGUUUAUCGGUUAUACGCCACGGCUGACGUUUUGACUUGGGAUUUAUUUGGGGAUUCCCGUAAUACGGCAUUGGAGUUUACCGGAAGUGAGUGGUAUCAAUGUGUUAAGAAGUUCUGUCCGGAAUAUCUCCCUCGAUUGGUGCUUGACGUCGUGUACCCUGUCUGCCUGAAGGCCAUUGAAACGUGGGACCUCACUGAUCUAUCGCAGUCUCGUUCGCUCGCUCGAUUUUUCAUACUUACCAUCGAAAACUUGCCGUCAGAUGGUCGUGCGGCAAGCAUAGAUAAGCUGAGUUCACACUUUGUGAAGGUACUUGAGUCACGUGUUGGCGUGCUUUGUCCGAAAGUUAGGCGCAACACGUUUAAGGACGGGUACAUUGCUGGUUGUUGGAAGUUCCUAAUUGUCCAGAUCGCAAGAAAUAUAAUGCAGUUCAGCGGAAUCUUCACUGGCAAGACUUUGUCAAACGUUCUUUUCGACAUUUUGUUCGUGGAUCGCCUGCUACCGGCGCUAGACUUCCAGCUGGCGUGUGAUGCGUUUGCGGUGGCGCAGUUUUUCUGUGUUGUCGAGAGUUUAUCACCGCAGUUGCGCGUGAAGAACAACGUCAAUGCCAUUAUAAAGUCUUCCGCGUAUGCUAUUGCUAAACGCAACUGGGACAAUCGUCCGGGAUUUACCGUCGUCUGGGACCAGCUGAACGUGAAUUUGCGUAACGAGGACUACUCGGGCAUACUGGACAGGAUUUUCACGUAG